GAUCACUGUGCAGAUGCAGCUUCCAAAGAACCCUCAGAAAGGUGUUUUUAAGCUUUCGGCUAUUUGUUUGAGACAGUGGCAGUCUUAAGGAGGGUCCAGGCCCCGCUUAUGGUAGCUAAAAGGGGCCCCACAACUAAGAAAAAAGAUAGAAAUCGUAAAGACCAAGGGCCCCGCAAGUCCCUAAAACUGCCACUGGUUUGAGAUGAGCAUCCUUUUUGUUUGGCAUCUCAAGUGUGAGGCAGUACUAAAGAGUGGAUGGAAAAAGGCAGAUUCGCAUCAUAUUUCAAUGCUAGCACAAAAGAGUAUGACACUAGGGGGGUGGAGUAGCUGUUUUAUGUAAUAAAGACAUAAAACCUUUAUUAAUUAAAUGACAGUAGUUCGUUUAAUUUUACCUUAAAAGAUUGCACGUGGAAGUCUACUGAAGAAUUGAUGACUUGGUAAAGGUUGAUGAUAAAGGUUUCUUGAGGAGUUUUCCGAGUGUUAAUGAUCCUUUUUUAUCCAGGUUUACACAUGUUUAUAAGCAACUAAAGGACUUUGUUGACUUGAGUAGUAAAAGUCUAUAGGUCUUUUAAAGAAUUUUGCCAAAACAAGAUGCCUUAUCGUAAAAGAAUCAUUUUCGUCCGAUUUUUUAAAGAAAUUUUCGAGCAGUUGUGGUUUCCUACUUUUUUGUUAACUUAGGAGUGGGUUUUUAAUAAUCAAUUAGUUUUAAUAAGUUGGUCCUAUAGAAAUGCGCGUCCCUGCACUUGAAAGUAACCUAUUUGAUUAUACCUCCUGGUUCCUUGUUGAUUAAAGCAGCCUAAAGGAAUUCCAUCUACAAAGGAGUCUGGUGACCAAGAAAGAAAAUUAUUGUGGCAGGUAAAUAUUAGGAUCGUAAUUCUGGAAAUUGAAUUUAGCGAUAAACGUAAUGUGUAAAUGUUCGAUACAUAGAUGCUUGCAAUAACCUGUCAGUGCGUGUCAAAUAUUAAAUAAGUAAUGGCUUUCCUUUCAAGUUUAAUUGCUUAUGUUCUGAUAAUUAUCAAGUUGUUUAUGCUCGAGGUAUUCCGAGGCAUUAAUAUGGAAUAAAUAAAUGGCCAUCUCGCUGAAAAUGUCGCAAAAGAACAAUAAUAAACGAACAUAAACUGGUCAUGUUUUUGCAUUGAUAAUGAAAACCCAGCUCUAGACUUCAUUCUCUAGUUUCUUCACGAGCUUGGGAAAUGGAAACAGGCUUGACCAGAACCCUGAUCUCUAUACACUACGAUCUUACAUUUAAAGAAAGUCACUGAAAUGUCUGUCAAUUUUGUGGUUUAUUUUUAAUCUAUCUUCCAUGCAUCGCUUUUUUCAAAACUGGCUUUUGCAAGGUCCACACCGACCAAUACAACAAAAGCGAUCAAUUUUUACCAUCGUUUUCAGCAUGGCGAAAUAAAUUAAAGCUCUUGUAAUUUGUACACUUCCUCUGCAGCAUGGGUAUCAUAAAAAGGUAGAUUUUCUUUGAGGGGUUGAAGAAUAUUGAAACCUGCUUAACAUUGCUCUCAGUUCCAUGGUGACUACUUCACCUGUUGUCAAUGGACAGUAAUAUUUUUGCAUGUUAUGAUGCAAACCUGCAUGAAGGGGAAAAGUUACAGCGUUUACAAGAAGAUCCCGGGUUGAAAUGCGUCAUAGACAUGUGCGUGUAUUCUUCUUAUUCAACUAAGUUUGUUAAAUAAUUUCGCUUUUUCAUCAGUCUAAUCAGAUAUUUCAAAACAUUUCUCCAUUGGUAAAAUGAAAUCAUGACCCCCCCCCGUCUUUAGUGCCCAAGCUUUCUGAUAGUUGGUACAAGUCGGAUCUUUGAAGAUGGGCUCUCUGACGAGCAUCACAAUUUUGCUUUGUAUAUUUUAUCUUAAUUUUAUACUAAUACUAAGAGCCAACAAGACAACAUUCUCAAUAGAACUGGACGAGGAAGUGGCUGUUGUAAACACAUUCUCAAAUACAGGUUGCUUCAACUUGUCUGCAAGCCAAGGGAAUAUCACAGAGGGCGAGUUGAUAUCGUUUAAUCUUGCCAGAGGAGUUAUCACUAAUGUUGGAUACGACGGCAUAAAUCUUCCAGGCAGUGGGGAAACUCUACUAUCAAUAACAGCCGACUACAAAUGCUGCUCGGUCUUUUGUGAACGGUUCAGCAGACAGAUAUCUGAUGGAGAGUGGAUCUUUGGAAAAGUAAGGAUGCAUAUAGAAGAGGAAGCGAAUGUUGGGAUAUCUUACAAUGGAGUUCAAGUUUGCCAUGCGUCAUACCUCGAAGGCAUUUUUGGAAACACUGUUACUUUUAGCCCAUUUGCUCUGGAAGGGAUUGCCCCGGAAUGCAUAGGUAGCAUUGGUUCCAGAAAAUAUAGACAGUUCAGAGGUGUUGGCAGAGUUGUUGGUAUAAGUGCUGUUACAAGCUCAAGUACGCUGACUUUGAGAUUUGCCUUUGCUCUGUCGCAGUGGUCAAGAGAUUUCAUGUUGAAAUUCAUGAAGGAGAAUGAACACGGAACUUUGGGUAAUGUUUAUGCCGAAGUUGUCAUUCGCAAAGCGCAAUACCAACUCUCUGGGCUGGCUGGGAAUGGUAUAUACUUCAUUGCUAUCACUGGAUUUGCUUAUGGAAUUCUGCUCCUUGCCAUUAUUCUACUCAUGUGCACUAGGUCCAAGAGAGCCUUCUUGAAACAGACAUGGAUCACCUACAACGAAUACCAUAAGCUGCACAGAAAUGAGUCACCGAAAAACGUUGGAACUGAUAACAUCGCCUUGCAUGAUAUCAGCUAAACACUUCAAGAACUGUGCUGCAUUUUUCCGAUAAAGAAAGGUCUGAGAUUGGGGACUGUCAAUAGUUAACAGAGCAUACCGUGGGGGUUGUGGCUAAAGUAGAUCGUCAGGCACCUGCAUCAGUUUUACUCUACUUAACUUUUUGCAGAAUAUAGAGGUAAAAAAAGAAAAGACAGAGGUACAUACAUAUCAACAAAAGCAUUUCCUAUGACAAAAAAUUGAAUUCCAAGAAGUAACAACACACUUUUGUGAUGGUUUGCAUACAACCUUUUCACAUCCUCUAGCUUCAUGGCAUAUAAGCAUAGUUCCCUUCAAUUAUCUAAAUUAAGGUUUUUGCUUUAGCUAGCUAGCUUUCCAAAGUUGGGUAAAAUGAUGUAGACACAACAAUUUAUCAUUAAGCUAAGAAAAAGAGUUCUACUAAAAUAAUUCUACAGAAUUGUAGAGUUUUAAGCUCUUAGUCCCGAAAGUAUUUUACCUCAUAACGCGCCAUACGGUUUUGCUUGUUUUAAACUUUGUUAUUCAAUUGGAGGAGCCAAAAUUGAUAAAGCAACAAACUUUACCAAAAGCAUGAACAAAUUGACAAUGAUACUAUUUUUGUUUCCUUUCAACGAUAAAUGUAUUUGUGCAAUUUAAAAGUAGGCCUAAAGAGUAUCGAACGCAUAUCUGAAAAUAUCCUGAUUCUAGAUUUAUUUUGCAUAAUUAAGUCUGCCGUUUCUGCUGAAUGUGGUCCAAAGACAACCAUAGGAACCUAAAAUUCCGACCUUAAUCUAACUCAGAAAAAUUACUCAUCUAUUGAUAGUUUUUUCUCUAAAGACGAGAUACGUGACCUUCGUCAAGUUCCAUCUCAUACUGAUAGCUUAUGAACCGUAAAUAGGAUAUCAUCUGCACCAUGGCAAUCUUAAUAGCCAAAGCACGUGGGACUGGAACGCUUUGCAUUUUAAAGCUGAGGGUUAAUUGAAACUUCAAUGUGAUAUCUUUCCUAUAUAAAUUCGUUUUAUUUUGCAUUUUGUAAUUUUUCGGUACAGUAGAACACCAAUAUCUUUAUUACUAUUGCAAUGACAGCAUGCACAGCACCAAGGGUUUAUUAUGAGCAUUUUUUGCUGAACAAUUUUUAAUGUAUUUGCUGCUUCUAAUUAGACAGUGUAAAUAAUUGACUAGAUGCAUCAAUCUAAAGUAAAAUAUUUAGAUGCGAAAAUAUCUAAAGCAAAAUUUUGUAUGUAAGGAUUUUUACAAAGUGAGAAAUAUCAAUAGAAAUGAAUUUAUCUAUACAUAAAUUUCGAAAAUGCACGUAUUUCAAAAGAAACCAAGCUUGGUUUUA